CCUCUCCCCUCUUAUCCCCCUCUCCCCUCUUCUCCUCCUCUCUCCCCUCCUCCUCCCUCCCCCUCUCUCUCACGACUCUUCCUUUAACUAGGAAAAGAGUCGACGACCAAACGGACGUGGACAAUCUCUCCCCACUCCGACGACCACCCACCCACCCAACCCCCCACGUAGCUUUAGGGCCGAUCUCUCGCUCGCUCGCUCGUUCGCUCGCCCUCGCCGCCGCUGCACUUGCCGCCGCCGCCGCCUCCCUCAUCACACCACGACUCCGUUCUUAACUCUAAAAGCAGCAUAGUCUCGUUGUGUCUACACGCGCACACAUCGCGCAUCAUCGGUUCGCGGCCACUACCCUGCAACGGGUAGAACGGCCACGAAAGGCAAAGGGGCACAAGGGCCGACCUAGACACGCCCCCUCCCUGCUUCCUCGCGCAACAAGAAGACAGACACGACGCCUGUCACUUUGUCUUGUUGCUCUUAUCAUUUGCCACUGGGGAUUUUGGAACCCAAACGACGACGACUCUAAACUCUGUCUACGCGUAAACGGCACACCAUAAUUGUCCACCCCACUCCCGUACCCGCCGCCCGCCGCCGCCGCCGCCGCCGCCGCCGUCGCAUUUCUUUCACGACGGCACACCUACAAUGUACGCUCCAUUCCAGUAUGCGUUUCACGACUCGGCACAGGGUGGCCAGCCCGUCGCUCCCCAGUACAGCCUGCACCACCAGGCAAUGCACCACGGGACGGCCGCUGGAUCAAUGACAGACUCGGACCACACUCCAACGCUGUCCCACUCAUCGCCAGCCCACGUUCCUGCGCUCCAUGUCACGCACGCAACUCCUACGCGCCUCCGAUCAAGACGCGCAGUAGCGGCAGCGGCCGGCGGUGUCGCCGAUCGUCCCCUAAACGCUCUCGAGGUUUCUGUCGAGCCGUACGAUGACGCCGACGCCGUCAUGUCGACCAAGUCGGAAAUGGCCCCGCGCGGCAUCAAGCCUCCAAUGACCGACGAGGACGCGCGCAAGCAGCGCAAGCGCGAGAUGGGUCGCGAGCGCCAGCGCAGGAAGCGUUUGCGCGACAAGGAGAAACGCGAGGCUGCAAAGGCUGCUGUGACGGCGACUGGAGAAGCCAUGCCGUUCUCUUCUGGUUCUCGGUCCACUCUCGCGCCCUCCUCCCUGGCGUUUGACAACUUGCCCUCAUCGGCGUCUUCCACCUACUCGAACCUGCCACCAAUGGGCAUUUCGCUGUCGCCUACGACUUCGUUUGCCAUGUCGGCCGGCUCGACGUCCAUGUCCGACUCGUCGUCCCCCAGCCACUCGUUCUCGCCGACCAUGUCGACCCCGGGUGGCAUCAACUUUACCGACGACCCCGCAUGGCAGGAACACACGGCCGUCUUUGGCAACCUGAGCCUAUCCCCAGAUGCCACUGUAAGAGCCAAGCCUCGUCCCUCGAGCGUCGCCCUCGCCAGUGUCACUGCGUCUCGCCGUCCGUCCGACCAGCCCGAAUUUCAGCCGUUUGGCCUGCAUGCCGAUCAAAGGCCAUCGCCUGCAAAGCGGCGCAAGUCGGAUAGCGAAGACGAACGUCACGCCAGGGUUGGCCUAGGCGUCAUCAUCGACCCUGAGCUCGAGGGAGUGGGGCCCUUCAAUCCCGGCCGGCCUGCCCAACGCCGUUCAGUGUCUGACCACUCGUCUCUUGGCGACUCUAUGGAGGUUUCGCCAGACCGUUCGCCGACGCCGCCUCCAGUGCCUGACUUGCCUGCCGAGUUCAGACAGUUUGCCAGCAGGUCAAUGGUCGCGACCGCCGGCGGAGGUGAGCAGCCCUCUCCUGAAGGCGUCUUCUUCUCGUCGGCGGUGGUGCUCGCCCUCAACGACAGCCAAUGGGGUGCCGUUCUCGAGACCAAGCUCGGUAUCAAGCGAAAGCACCUCGAGGCCAUGGCGACGGACAUUGCUGCUGCUUAUGAAAAGUGGCGCGUACAGAGUGGCACGGGCCAGGUCACCCUGGAUCCCGCCACUCGCAUGUCCAUGACGCAGUCGCCCACGACGUCCGCCUCGCCCAACACGAGCUCUGCCUUUCAUACCCCAUCGCAGCCAUCUCGCGUGCAGGACGGUGCGCCGCUAAAGUCGCCCUCGACGUCGUCGACGGCCUCGGACGUGGCUCCGCUCGCUGUCAGCCGAUCGUCGUCGACGCCGUCAAUCCCAACGACCAUGCGCCUCACUCAGGUUCAGAUGCCGGAGACGCCACAGUCCAAGCCCGCUUCUUCGUCAUCGACGACAUCGCCGGUUCAGCCGACGCUCCAGACGCCUUUGACUGGCCAGGGCAGGUUUACCCCUCAGCAGUGGUCCAACGCCACAGCUCCGCCUCUUGGUCGCCCGUAUGAGGGCGAGUGGCGCGGUGCCUACCCGCACCACGCCCUCUCGAGCCCAAUCACGUCUCGCGGAAAGGACGGUGGACCCCCGGGUAUCACCAUUAUGCCCGCGCCCGUUCACAUGCAGCCGGCGAUGCCGAGCCCUGGCGCUCCCGGCAGCCACUAUGGCCACCACGCCGACUUUCAGCGUGCCAGCAUGGCCGCUUACUCGCCAGCGACGCCCGUAAACCAGCGCCAUCUGACCGGUGUUCCCAUCUACUACAACCCGCAGUUCCAAAACCCGCUUGCGCCUCCCCCUGGGCCUGGUCUUCAGAGCAGCCCGCCUGGUCUCGAGGGCGCCCAGGUCGUGGGAGCGGACGGAGCGCCCAUGUUUGCCGUCAACGGCGCGGCUGUAUGAGCGCAGCAUGCUUCCACCGACUUGUGCCAUCACCACCAACACAACCCCACCUCCCCUACCCCACCACCACCGCACGUAUUCCGGACCCUAGGCUUUGACCACUUGUUUUAAUCAUCACGCGCACGGCAUUUUCCUUCUCCUGCACAUUGCUCCACACACGCCUCGAUCUCACUACCUUGUUCAUCUCCUCGUCUCGCCAGCCCGCCAGCCGCUCGCUCAACGAGGGCAUUGCACCCUUUCAACCGCAUCUCGACUCUUUCCAUUUCACCACUGCACCCAACCCACCCACCCGCCGGCCGCUAAUCGUAUACCCCCGGCAGCGGCUGGGACGAGACGACCCCCCAUUUCUUAACGACCACCUUUUUGUGAUGAGUAUUAUGAUGAACGACGACGACCACGAUCUAUACCGGAAAACCAGUAAAGUAAAUACAAGAGCCCAGAGCGGCCAGUGAUACCCCAUUUUCAAUCUUCAUGUAGUGAAGAAUAGUAGUCAUUAUUUAGCAGUAUGUAUGGCGCGAGCCGACUGUUUCUUGCACCAAUACGAGGGGAGGUGGGAGGUGGGCGAGGGUUUUGGCUGGAGCACUUUAAGCAGCUCGUCUCGCAAUUCGACCCAAUUCCCCGUAGACAGCCUCGCCUCUCCAGCGGACGAGUUACGCAGACUCCAUCCCAAUGCCGCCUCCACCGACAACGCCCCUCUAGGUCAAGUUGUCGGGCCCAAACGACAUGGGGAGCAGCUGCUCAAGGGUAAGCACAACAACGACC